UCAGUCGAGCGGGGCGCGGUCGCUGUCAGUCGUCACGGAGAGUAGCUGGUGCUUGUCAUCCGGCGGCCAUUAUCUCGUUCGAAUUCCUAAAAUCAAUUAAAGUUUACACUAUCGAUACGAGUUCCAGUGGAGUGUGUUAUAACAAAUUGUUAAUAUAAAGUGAAUUCACAACUAUUGCGCUAUUAAUUUGUUAACAAAGUGUCGAGUGACGUAGUUAAGUUGGUGUGUUGGGUUAGCAGAUAACACCGUGUAGGGUGGCUCCGGUUGGUCCGGAGAGACAGGGUGCUUGUGGAUCGUAUGCAGAGGGAGCGGUGAAAGCGCGCCCGGCUCUGGAGUCGGGGCGGAAGGUGGACUAGGUUAAGAAACAGCUGCCGACAUGGGUUGCACUCAGUCGGCUGAGGAACGCGCGGCGGCUGCUCGAAGCCGACAGAUCGAAAGGAACUUGAAAGAAGAUGGAAUCCAAGCUUCUAAAGAUAUUAAGCUGUUAUUGUUAGGUGCUGGAGAGUCAGGAAAAAGCACAAUAGUAAAACAGAUGAAAAUUAUUCACGAGAGCGGCUUCACAAAUGAGGACUUCAAGCAGUACCGGCCCGUGGUGUACAGCAACACGAUACAGUCGCUGGUGGCGAUUCUGCGCGCGAUGCCCAACCUCGGCAUCACGUACGGGAACAAGGACCGAGAGAGCGAUGGCAAGAUGGUGUUCGACGUGAUCCAACGGAUGGAGGACACGGAGCCGUUCAGCGAGGAGCUGCUCGCCGCCAUGAAGAGGCUGUGGGCAGACGCGGGCGUGCAGGAGUGCUUCGGACGCUCCAACGAGUACCAGCUGAACGACUCCGCCAAAUAUUUCCUGGACGAUUUGGACCGGUUAGGCGCCAGGGACUACCAGCCCACCGAGCAAGAUAUCCUGAGGACCAGAGUCAAAACCACCGGAAUCGUAGAAGUGCAUUUCUCAUUCAAAAACCUCAAUUUCAAAUUAUUUGACGUGGGCGGUCAACGGUCGGAAAGAAAAAAAUGGAUCCACUGUUUCGAAGACGUGACCGCGAUCAUAUUCUGUGUCGCCAUGUCCGAGUACGACCAGGUGUUGCACGAAGACGAGACAACGAACCGUAUGCAAGAGAGUCUCAAGCUGUUCGACUCGAUCUGCAACAACAAGUGGUUCACGGACACCAGCAUUAUUCUGUUUCUCAACAAGAAGGACUUGUUCGAGGAGAAGAUACGCAAGUCUCCGCUAACCAUCUGCUUCCCAGAGUACUCCGGUGCACAAGAGUACGGAGAGGCGGCUGCGUACAUCCAGGCACAGUUCGAGGCCAAGAACAAGUCCACCACCAAGGAGAUCUACUGCCACAUGACCUGCGCCACCGACACCAACAAUAUCCAGUUCGUGUUCGACGCUGUCACUGACGUCAUCAUCGCCAACAACCUGCGCGGCUGCGGCCUCUACUAAACCAACACCCAUGUGGCUCGAACGGGAAACGUAACACGCCCAUACCAUCACCCGGGCUAUUGGGACGUUUUUAAUGUCUUUACCUCUUCAUGAAACGUUUCAUUGCAUUACUAUAUUAGAUAUCACUAGAUCCACAGUAUAUCCUGAUUGAUUUUUGAUUUAUAUUUCCAACACAAGCGUCAAUCAACUGAUUGCUCUCGCACUGUUCACAGAGACCAGGACUCAUAUCAGUAUGUUGAUACGAGAUAUUCUGUUUAUAAAUGCUUUGCCGACGCAAGCACGCUUCAGGCGUUCUCUCGCUAACUGUGAGCAACUAAAACCGAUUUCUCUCCCUCUGUAAUAUAAUCCAAAAAACGCUUAUUUCUAACUAUGGACAUAUUUUUACAUACAUUGCUUAAAUUACAAUAAUUUUACCAUUAUAGAUACCGUUUGAUUAUUAAAAAGUUUGUCAAGUAAAAUAUUUUCAAUUUUUCAUUUCUAUAGAAAGUAAAUUGAUUUCUACCCUCCAAUUCAGUUUCAAGAACACAAUUUUGUGUUGUUUGUAACAAAAAGUCCAUAGAUAUGAAAUACAGCUAUUAUUAUAUUUUCAUUGACUCAUUUUACUAGUCCUUGUACUAUAUAUUAUCUAGUGUUCAAUUCUAAAUUUUGGUGCUAGGUGCGUUUGGUGUUGAAUUUGGUUGUGCUCGGUCUAGUUGCCACAGUCAGUUUGCGCGAACCAUUAUGUUAUAUCAGCUACAUAUAAUUCUCACACAACAUUACAAUAUAUUACUAAUAAUCGUUCGAAUGUAUGACCAUACAAUGUGUCUUUAAUGGAGAUUAAGCUGUAUAAGUAUACAAAAGUUUAAUUGGUAUUGACAUGUAUGAAGUAGGAAAGUAGUGGGAUGUUAUAGUAUUUAUAUUAUAAUGUUGAUGAUUGAGUGUACAAGGUAGGUUGAGGUGAUGCUCUAUGGAUGUGUCUGACUGCAGACGGCACAUGUGCUUAUAUACUCACUCUCUUACGGACCAAACACAUGAGGAACCAUAUUUAGUGCUGAGCUGUAGUAGUGAUGCAUGAGUUUACAGGCCUAUUGUUAACUAUAAAGUAUAAACAAACAACUAAAUAUCAUUCCAUUAAGUAUUCAAAUGGUCACAAUGAGAUAUUUAUUUUUUUAUAAACUUUUCAAAGCACCACAAGCAACAAUUCCUUUUACAUACACACAGUAAAAAGUGCUGUAUGUGAGUAUUUAUUUAAUUUUAGUAAAGGCUAGCACAAUAUGUUUAAUCCAUUUAUCACUGUAUACAAUGUUUUAAAUAUUCUCUUUGUGUUCAUAUAUUUUCUACAACACUUUACAGUAACGAUAUGUAGCCAUUUAAGUACUACUCUUUGUAACCAAUUAUUGUGAAUCAAUUUAAGUAUUUAUUUUAUCUAAAAUGUUUAUAAUCUAUGUAUAAUGUAUAACAGUUGUUAAUUUUAGCUGUAAUCACUAUUUAUGAUCAUUUUAGUGGAGGACAGUGUACAUUUAGAAUGAUAACAGUAAAGACAACCUAACAGACGGCAUGCACAUAUAGAUGUCCACCCAAACCAUCGGUUCAAUUUAUAUUUAUAUAAUGUGUAAGAUUUGUGAGUAUAUAAACUUAUCUAUUUCGCGAAUUGGCGUUAGCUACAUUAUACAUAUAUAUUAUACUAUAAACAUAAUUUAUUAUUAUAAUAAAAUCUUACUUUUAAGCAUUAGGACAGUAAAUGUAUCAGUAAACAUUAAUUAUUAAUAACGCAACUAGUGUAAUGUUUACUAUUGUCAUAGUUAGGUGGUUUGUUUUCAUUUUACGUUCAUUGAGUAUGUAAAAAGUGAUUAAUUACUUAAAAUAUUAUGAGAAUGUAACGCCUACGAGAGAGCGAGCGGGCCGCUCGUGUGACGUCACCAGCGCAUGAUGUUACUAUAAACGUGAGGUUAAUAUAAACCAAAGAUUUACUAAUAAUAAUAACUUUUUUUAGAGGGAACUAUUUAACAAUAUCAAAGUUCGUCUAACACUACAUUAUUGCGUUCGGGAACGAUUUGACUCCUAGUAUUUUUCGUAGAUUCCAGUUGUUAAUAUUAAUAUUAUGUUAGUGAGUACGCGAGUCGAGCGCGACGCUCGCUUGUUGCUAGGUAGGUUUUAUACUGUUACGUAACAUUAUGUGUAUGUAAAACAAAACUAAUAAGUAUAAUUAGCUCAGUUUAUACAUUUGUUCCAAAUGUAUUUUUAAGCUUGAUUACAUUUUAGAGAGUAUCAUUGAAGUUGUUGCAUGUACGCGCGACACUCUUGGCUGUCAUCUUGUUCACAAACAUAAUUUCUUGUGGAUUUUCAAUAUGCUCCGCCGCUUUCAUAUUGUAUGCUUUAUAAUGUAUCGAGUGGAUGUGAUGUAAAUUUUGUACACUGCCCCCUUUCGUUUGUUCGCUCGAAUCAUUUUAGUUGUUAAGACUUCAGAUACAUUGACUAUGGCACAAACAUGGAACCGUAAAACUGGGCGUAAACGUUCGGAUACCGGAUUAGGUAAUCUGAAUGCUCUGCUUACAUCAAAAAUAUUCAACAAGGCGCACAUUAUUUCCGAACGGAAAAAAAACCCUAACGCGUCUAUCGUCUGUGCCCAGCCUAAACGGUUAUACAAAUUUGCGCACAAAUAACGCAAAAAAAUCGUUAUUUCUGGUAAAGAAAUUAUGUUGAAAGCUCAAAAGUUUUUUAGAUGCGAUAGAGUAUGUGCAUAGGCUUCCCAUGAAGACUGAACUGCCGCUCAACACUUUAUUCUGAAAUCCCUCAACGGCAAUAUAUGUGUAAGUCAGUACAAUGAUCAUCAUAGCUUAUCAAGGUUAUGAAGUAUGCUGUAUCACUAUUGUUUCUUGUGUGACACCUGCGUGUGUCUUGGAUGUCAAUAAAGAGUGAAACCUCUUUAGAAUUGAAAUUGAGAAAUCAUUUACUUGUAGUGCAUUUGGGGCCGCUACAGGACUUUGUAUUUGUGUAUUCUCUGUGGAACAUUUGUGUAUUCAAGUGUUACCUAGAUAGAAUCUUGAUAUAAACAUGUGUUAGACGAGCGGUCCUAGCUAAUGAACAAAUGUUUAAGAAAAGUUUAUAUAGUCACUAGUGGAUAAUUUUUGAAUGUGAUUCAAUCCUUAUUUUGUCAGUAUCGAGUGACUUUAUCGUUGAUUUUGUCAUGUAUCAACAUUUCUUUUUGUAUUGCAUUUAAUAAGAGCGAGUAUUUAACCAACGAUUUAACAAUAUUUUCUCUUUUGUAUUUCAUCUGCACUUGUAUUUUUUUUAUUGAAUUUUACUAUAAAUGUACUUUAAGUGUAUAAUUUUAAAUAAUUACUGAAAAUGAUUAUAUUCUAAUUUUUAUGUUCAAAUAAA